GGGUGAUGCCGCCCUGGUCGAUGUCGCCACAGCUCUGGAGACCGAGUCUGCCAGCGGGAAGGACCCCCUGGAAGCUGCUGGGGACAACUCCGAGGCCUUGGAUGCUCAGGCGGGCUCCGUGGAUGAAGAGAACGGGCGGCAGCUCGGCGAGAUCGAGCUGCAGUGUGGGAUCUGUACCAAGUGGUUCACAGCAGACACCUUCGGCAUCGACACCACGUCCUGUCUGCCCUUCAUGACCAACUACAGUUUCCACUGCAAUGUUUGCCAUCACAGCGGGAACACCUAUUUCUUACGGAAACAAGCAAAUCUCAAGGAAAUGUGCCUUAGUGCUCUGGCCAACCUAACGUGGCAGUCGAGGACGCAAGAUGAGCACCCAAAAACCAUGUUCUCGAAAGACAAGGAUAUUAUCCCAUUUAUUGAUAAAUACUGGGAGUGUAUGACGACACGGCAGAGACCCGGGAAAAUGACUUGGCCUAAUAACAUUGUGAAGACGAUGUGCAAAGAGAGAGACGUGUUCUUGGUGAAGGAGCACCCGGACCCGGGGAGCAAAGACCCGGAAGAAGAUUACCCCAAGUUUGGACUUCUAGACCAAGAUCUUGCCAACAUCGGGCCUGCGUACGAUAACCAGAAGCAGAACAACGCCGUAUCCACGAGCGGAAGCUUAAAUGGCAAGUUCCUUCGUCAG